AUGAUUGACUUUUCCGACUCAUCUAACUUGGCUCCCUAUUUGCUGACUGCUACUUUAACUCCAGCUGAUUCCGUUGUCACCAACGGCUUGGGAUCUAAGACUUACAAUCACGACAUUAGUAAUGCCAGUGGCAAUGGUAACAACAGCCUUUCUCACUGUCCGAACAUUGCACGCUUUUGGCAUACUGAUUAUCAUGCUCUGUUGACCGAACUGCGACUCAUAUAUAGACACCAAUUCAACCAAAUCUUUGGCAUAUCCAUCGGUGCUGAUGACGAGACAUUCGAUGGCGCUGCUGACGACGAUGAAGACGACCCAGAUGGCUCAGGCAGCAUGGAAUGGACUGCGGCAGCCACAUCCUCGGCAUCUGGGCGGACUACAGUGCUAACUGGCAGUGGCGCUGAGCAGGGCGGCAGGUCAACAGGAUAUUAG